ACAGGCCAGUGCAACGCAGUGCGUCGACACCAACGCACGUGCUGUCACACAGAACGGUUGGAACGCGCGCGUUCGUAAUACGAAAAUUUAAAAAACAAUGUCAUUUUGGUGUUGUUUUUUUUAAUAGUGCCAAGUUGCCUUUGAAGUGCCAGUACAGGAUUUGGAUUGUUAGUGUUUUGGAUUUGCGAGAUGUCAACUUUUAUUAGCGCUGCAACGACACAGGCUGAUGCAAAAGAUCGUAUAUUAGAGCGAGAUGCCGGCUUCGUGUCGGGCGGCGACGAUGACGACUCGUGCUCCGGCCCCGCCCACUCCGACGACUCCGGGGUCAGGCUCGUCGAAUCCGACCUGAGGAAGAGAGACCGCACACCACCUCUCCUUCCCCCGCCGAAAAAACGACGGCUCGCCUCGAGCGAUGAACCGUCAGACAGCACGAGCCCCUUCAGACCUUGGUCUUUCCCAGAAGAACCUCAAAGAGAACCGCUUUCGUUAGUCAAGAAGAGUGAAACGAGUUUGCUCCGGCAAAGAAGGAGGCCGGUCGAACCUCCUCCACCGCCACUACCUCCGCCAAGCGUCGAACCCAGACCCGGCCCGCCACGAGUACCCCCACAUCCAGGCGUCGUCGCAGAAUCCUCAUACACAGAGAAAUCAAAACCAAGAGAGCAAAGAAACUACAAAAACAUGACUAGAGAACGAAGGAUAGAAGCCAACGCUAGGGAAAGAACGAGAGUCCACACCAUCAGCGCGGCUUUCGAUACUUUAAGAAAAUCCGUGCCCGCCUACAGCCAUAACCAGAAGCUAUCCAAGCUCUCUGUCCUCCGAAUAGCUUGCGCGUACAUCGCUGCGCUGUCAGCGGCGAUAGAACCUGAAGCUGAUCUCUCCUCAGCAGUGGAAGCCGUGACGCAAACGAUACACACGGAGGGGAAGUUAAGAAAAAAGAAAGACGAUCCUUAGAUCUGGAAGCCGUCUAGAACUAAGCCGUCCCCUAAGCCUAUUCUCAUUAACUCUGGUAGUACAAAAAUGACAAUAAAGGGAUUAUGAACUAUUUAUUGGAGAGUAGCGUAGUGCGUUUUACCACAUUUUAAAUCUAGUGAUACUUAUAGCUACUGUUCUAAGGUUGACGCUUGGUACACA